CAUCGCCGAGACUCACGCAUUCGAUACUGUUGAUGACAAGAGACCGUGCUUAAUCCUCGUUCAAAAGCUGUCGCAUCCACUGUCUCCCUUUCUUUUUUUUCUUUGAAAGAAAAAAAAAUAACCUCCCCACUCUGCAACCCCUCCUUACUCUCUUUAUAUUCUGUUUCUUUCCGGCAUGUUCCCAUCCGCCAAAAUCAGACCUUUAAACCACCUUCAACGACAGCGGAUUACCUCCAACUUGUUUGUGGUUGUUGCAUUAGGCGCUGUAUUGACCGUAGCAGCACCUACACUCUUUCCCUGCCCUGCUUUUGAAUUGAACGACAAGGCCGCGAGACUCGAAGCAAAGCGUAAACUCAAAGCGACUACCAGUAAUAUCCCUGUCGUUAUUAAAGAACGAAGACCUGCAGUGACCUCUGAAGAAAAAGAAGAGUAGAAAGCAGUUUUCUUUAAUUAAUUAUAAACAUCUUUUUAUUUUUUUCGGAAAGAAUUAUUUAUCUAUAAACAGGUUAGAAUUGUUUUAUAUCUAUAGACGUAUAUCUAUAUAUCUAUUUUCUGUAAAGAGAUGAAAAUAAUUAAGAAUUACAAUCAUU